AUGACGACCGGCACGGGGAGGUAUCUGCGCUAUGUAUUGUUUGCUAUUUUUGGGAUUACCAUGCUCUACUUUAUUUCCACCUCGUCAUUACCCUCCUAUGCCCAACCGCUGACCUCGGGCACCGCCUUCUCGUGGGAGCGACCCGCAGAGUCCAAGCCGAGUUCCAGUGCCAACGAAAUGGACGACUCCAUUCAUCUCCCGCAAUCUUCCCCCGCCGCAGAGCCUUCACAAUCCGUGGAAACAACAACUCCAAAUGUGAUCCCGACCAUCCCCUCGGAGCUCUCCCCUCCCGCCCCCGGCGAACGGGUCAAUGCGACCUUUGUGACUCUGGCGAGAAACAGCGAUAUCUGGGAGAUUGCCCGCUCAAUCAGACAAGUCGAAGAUCGCUUCAAUAGGAACUACAACUAUGACUGGGUCUUUUUGAACGACAAACCCUUCGACGAGACCUUCAAAAAGGUCACGACUUCCCUCGUCUCAGGCAAGACUCACUAUGGCGAGAUCCCCGUCGAGCACUGGUCAUUCCCUCCAUGGAUCGACCAGAAGAAGGCUGAGGCUGUCCGUGAAGACAUGCGCCGGAGGAAGAUCAUCUAUGGCGACUCGGUCAGCUAUCGACAUAUGUGCCGGUUCGAAUCGGGUUUCUUCUUCCGUCAUCCUCUGCUCCACCAAUUUGAGUACUACUGGCGAGUCGAGCCCAGCAUCGAGCUGUUCUGCGACAUUCAUUAUGAUCCGUUCCGCUACAUGAAGGAGCACAAGAAAAAGUACAGCUUCGUCCUGAGUCUGUAUGAAUACGUCGAGACCAUUCCGACCCUGUGGGAUAGCACAAAGAAGUUUAUCAAGGCGCACCCUGAGCACAUCUCUCCCGAUAACUCGAUGGGGUUUUUGAGUGACGAUGGAGGGGACACAUACAACAAAUGCCACUUCUGGUCCAACUUUGAAAUCGGCAACCUCGACUGGCUUCGAUCAAAACCGUACAUCGACUUCUUUGAAUCCCUCGACAAGGACGGCGGUUUCUUCUACGAACGUUGGGGCGACGCUCCCGUCCAUUCCAUCGCUGCUGGACUACUUCUCAGAAAGGACGAGAUCCACUUUUUCAAUGAUAUCGCCUACUAUCAUGUCCCCUUCACGCAUUGUCCCACGGGAGAUGAUCUCCGCUCGAAACUCCGCUGCCACUGUAACCCUGCCGACAACUUCGACUGGAAGGGAUACAGCUGUACAUCUCGAUUUUUCGACCUCAACAAGCUUAAGAAGCCCGAGGGGUGGGAGGCUCAGGUAUGA